AUGGCUUCGUCCUCAGAUGUAUUGAUGCCCAUAAUUCAUCAAGAACACAAGUCUACGAGUUUUUUAUGCGGUUUGGAAGAAUUACCUGAUGAUCUGUUAGUUAAUAUACUUUGUCAAUUGUCAGACAGGCUUCUUGUUAGAUGUAGAUGUGUCUGCAGAACUUGGAAUAAUCUGAUCUCUAAUGUUUGCAUCCCAAAAGCUUUUGCUGCUUCACCUCUUUGUGGGUUACUUUACCGUGGCUAUAAAUAUGGCCUGAGUAAAAAUGCCUUUGCUGGCUAUAUUCCAUAUGGGCAACCUCUGGAUCUGGUACCUAAUAACUCCCAAGCAUUUGUCAAUUCCUAUACUGCUUUAUUGCCCUUUGAGAAUUCCCCUGGAGAUUUCUGUGAUUGUUGCAGUGGCUUGCUUCUCUUUGUCAAUCUGCCUAUCCUUCAGUUCUAUGUUUGUAACCCCGUAACCAAACAGUGUGCGGCAAUCCCUACAAGUUCAGCAUAUGCAAAACCUAUUCAUGCAUCACUAGCUUUUAAUCCCAGUGAAUCGCCUCAUUAUAAAGUGUUUUGCAUUGAUCGAAUGUGUUCACACAUUCUAAAUUUGCAUAUAUUCUCCUCAGAUGUUGGUAAAUGGGUUACCCAUCUCUUCACCCAUAAUCUUCGUAUUUACGGAACACCUAAAAUCAUGCGAGCCAUUUAUUUGAAUGGUUCAAUUUUUGUUUGUGCUACCAUGCUUCAUAUGUUAAUUUUUAGUCUCUCGAAAGAAAAAUCACUUUCUAUCGAACUUCCAGAAUAUAAGAAACAUGAGUAUGUUGCUUUUUUCGGAGUAUCAAAAGGUUGUCUCUAUUAUUCUAACCAUGAUAAUUCUAUAUUAUUUCUAUGGCGUUUGGAGGUGAAUAGAUGGAUUUUGAUGCACAAUAUCUGCUUUAAUGAUUUGGCAAAAGAUCCAUUUGGAAGUGUUUUGUGCCAGUCUCAUGAUUUUAUGAUUAUGCCAUGUGCUCUGCAUCCAACUUCCAAUAUCAUCUUCCUCUGGUGUCCUAGAAUGAUAAUCAGUUAUCAUCUCGAUAAUCACACCAUAGAGCUUAUUUGUGAAAUGGAUAAAGUCUCAGAUAUACUUAUGGGUCAAUACACUGUCCGUGUCUACACACAUUGGAUAGGAAAUUUGAAAGAUUUCAACUAA